AUGGUAACAGGUUGCUGGCGUGAAAACGACCGUGUUUACAUGUCGGGGAGUGCGAUGUAGCUGCGGUGCGUUACCACCAUCGGCCACGCGGGUGUCACCACAAUGAUGUGCCACGUUUCUAAGUGGGUGCAUGUACAAAAGCAGUUCUUGCAAACUCGAUUCGUAUUGUGGGUGUUGGUAAAUGGAUACGUAUAAAAGCUACAUUCUUACAAACUUUUGAUUCACACUGUGGGUGUUGGUAAACAGCAAGAGUGUAAUAUAUUGUCUGCCUUCAAUUCAGCUGAAUGACAGAUAUUGUGUGUAUGGAAAGUUUAUAUGACUGUCAACUUAUCUGUUCACAUAGUGGGGACAAAUACUCACACAUACCAGCUGAAUCAAAGAGCACAGGUCAUCAGGGCAAAAACAUGUUAGUGAAAAAAUUUUACAUUCUGUGUCAUAAACUCAUGAGUACUGAAUUGCUUGUACGUCAUUAUAUAUUAUGAUUCCUAUGUUGGUGUGUAUAUAUCUUGUGUGGUUAUGCUUCCAUGUAGCUUUAUAAUGUGUGUGGAUUUGUACCUAUACAUUUCCAUUUUUAUGACUGUUUGGCACUAGAAGUGGCCUGCCUAGUUGUUGGGAGAGACAGACUGAUAUUUAUAUAAAAGUUAUAAUUGCAGACUUUAGUUCUGGAGCUCUAAACUGCAAGGACUUAAAGAUAUAAAUAUUCAUUCUGGAGCUCUGAGCUGUGAUGACUUAAAGUUAUAAUUGCAGACAUUCAUUCUGGAGUUCUGAACUGUGAUGACUUAAAGUUAUAAUUGCAAACAUUCAUUCUGGAGUUCUGAACUGCAUGGACUUAGUUAUAAUUACUGGAGUUCGUUCUGGAGUUUUUAAACUGCAUGGAGUUAAAGUUAUAAUUACAGACAUUUGUUUUGGAGUUCUAACUGCAUGGAGUUAAAGUUAUAAGUACAGACAUUUGUUUUGGAGUUCUAACUGCAUGGACUCGUAGUUAUAAUUACAGACAUUUGUCCUGGAAGUCUUCAAAACUUAGGACUUGGACAGCAAUGCUUAAAUGGGCUCAACAAAGGAAAGGUAUGAGCAGUACGGUGAAGAGGGGGUCAAGCCCCCCUCCCGCUGGGGUGGGCAAGAAACACCACCUUGCCCAGAACAAUGGCAGCGGCCCCCCUCCUCUCUCAUACCCGGAGCCCACUGAUGAUGUCAACAUGAAUGAGGUGAUGGAUGAGAAGGUGGAACUGGAGUUCAUACAGCCGAAUGGAAAAACAAGCCAGAUCUCCAUAGAUUCGAGUGUACCUAUGUGUGACCUGCGUAUUCAGCUGGCCGCACGCUGUAAGGUGAGCCCGUCGGGGUACAGCCUGGCAGUGUUCUCGGACGACACGGGCAAACUGCUGGAGUACAAAGCCAACCAGACAAUCGGAUCCCUGGAGGGACGCACUGUGCAGCUGGUGCUAAAAAACUCCCACAGUGACAAAACAAAAAAGUUUCAGAAGGAAUCCACCAAGGGUGUCCGCCCCUUCGAGAUGACUCACCGGUUCACAGUAAACCUGCCUCACAACCAGAAGACGGUGGUUCGAAUCAGCCCGUCGAUGACCCUGGAGCAGCUCCACAUGAAGGUGUGCCAGGACAAGAAUUUCGAACCAUCUCGCUACACGUUCCAACACGCGGCCAACCCACAGACCAGUCUGUCGGCCAAAAUGACCAUCGCUGAUCUGCAGUGUCAGGAAAUAAACUUUGUACCCAUUGGAAUGAUGGACUCUGCGCAGUCAAUGCCGAAUCUGGCCCAGGACUUUGUGCCGGCGUACAUGCCAACCACGGAGACGAAGAAGAAGAGAGGAUUUCUGUCGUUUCUUAGAAAAGACAAGAAACUCCGACUGCAUGACGUCCAGAGUGACACCGGUCCUGUCAUCAGUCAGAAACAUUCUUCCGUAAUAGUGAAAACAUCGACAACACCUCCGCUACGGAGAAACUCAUUCGGACAGGCACGUCCUAAGUCGAUGUUUGCAGGAACUGCCCCAGCCCACGAUGAACAGGUCGAAAAUGGAUUUGCACUAGCAAAGGAAAAUGCAACAAAACCAGCGACAAAAGGAGGGAAAAAACGACCUGCACCUCCCCCGCCGCAGAAGAAAGUGGCUCCCCCUACUGUAGAAAUCAAGGUGAAGGACAGUGGUUCUGACGGGGACAAGAACAUUGUGGUUGAGAAGCCGGACCAGGUGAAAAUAUCUGGGAAGGUGGACACAUCACGGAAUGAGAUAACCGUACAAGCCGAUGUUAACGGCAGUAGCAGCAGCAGCAACAACAGCAGUGUGAAAAAUGUGCAGCGUCUUCACUCACGCAACAGCUCCGACUCGAGUGGCUACCACGAACUGACGCUGAGUGGCGCCGAGUCCCCAGAGGCUCACCGCGUGUCGACGGCCUUCAAAACGAGCAUCGAUGCAACAUCCAUAGAGAGUACGGAAAAUAACAUUAACGACAUCUCUCGUGUUCAGUCCACCAGGGCAGCUCAGGGGGUGGUUGUGCCCGGCGACAGUCAGACGCUGCCGUUAAACAGAGCCAGCAACAAGCCGCCUCGUCGAUCACAUUCUCUGGAGCGGAACGACAAGUCAAGUAAAACAGCUCUACCUUCCUCCAAAAAGAAAAGAGCACCAGCUCCUCCAGGUAAAACCCAGGUGUCUCAGAAAACCGAAUCAGACUUGUCAUCUAGUCACAUAGAAAAGAAGUCAGACUAUGAUGAGAAACCAAAACAUGAAGAAAACACAAGAACACAAGCUGUGGUGGUUGAGGAUGCUGGACGCGAUGAAGUUGAUGCCAGCGAUGUUGACACAGGGAUGAUGAUGGUGGAAGACACGUCCAUCUGUAGCGAAGACAUCGACAACAUUGAACAGGCCAAGACGAGGCCCUGUGCAUUCGUCGCUCCCCCUCCACCCAAUGAACCCCCUCCCCUGGACAUGCCCCCAGUGGAUUACAGUCCUGCCCUUGCCCAUCGCAAGGCUCCAGAUACUAUAGAUGCUGAAACGGAAGUGAAUGACAACGCAUCGCUUGGACCUUCAAGUGCAAAGAACUCACCACAUUCCGUUCAUAGCCGCACCAAUAGUCAAACGAGUACAUGUUCGGCCAACUCUGUAGACGACGUUGGCCUGUCAUUCGAACAGACCAUAGCAGCAGCCGAGGAGGCCCUGGCCAAUGAACAGCAACAAGAAGCUGAAUCCAGUUACAAGACUGAGAUGGCUGUAUUUGUGGAGAGAAUGAGCAUCCUCACAGAAAAUGCUGACACAGUGAACACUUCUGAGACGGAUAACAUACUGCAGGUUAUAGACGACCUGGAAAGUAACUCUGACACGGGGUCAGUGAUCCGCCACGACAUCUCAACCAGCAGCGACAUUGGCCUUCACAAACACUCCGGGUCCGAGUCUGGGUCCAUAGCAAGCUCAACUCAUGUGCGACAGAGCUCGGAAAACUCACUGAGUCCUCGCAAUGAUAUCCUUACUGAACAGUCCAACUUUGACAAUGAAGUGGCUGAGAUUUGCCUCUCGGUGCCUGUCGUACCGCCCCCGCCUGAAUUUCAGAAUGACUCUGACCAAUUGGAUGAAGUGGAGCAAUCUGCGAGAGAUUCACCAGUUGUGUCGAAGUUCCAGCUGGAUUUGUCUUCUCUGGAUAGAGCCGAUUCAUCGCCUGAUCAGGAUGCUGGGUCACCAACGGGUGAUGUCUAUGAGGAGGAGGAGUACCAUGAAACCAUUGAAGAGGUGGUUGUGAAUUUCGCCCCUCAGAGUGGUUACACGUUCGGUGGAGCGUACCGUAUUCCUGACCUCGAGUCCAGGAAGGAGAACAUGCGUGUGUCCAAUUCACCACGUUCUCAAAGCACAGAACCAAAACUCAGUUACAGCAGCUUUGAUGCAGGAUUAAGUUCCAACAGAGAAACUAGGUCUAAACUUGAAAAUAAUGCCCCCAGAGAAAAGGAAGAAUUUGUGCUCUCUUUGGAUGACCUUCAGAAUAUCAGCUACACUGCAGGAUCACGGAAACAAAACAAACAGCCAAACACUGUUGUUGAGCGGGUCAAGAAGGAUGAUUCACAUCAGGUGGUUGAUGAAUAUUCAUGUUCUUCAUCUCGAGACUAUGUGCAGCCUGAACCACUCUACUCAGAUGUGAUCGUGACUGAUCAGAAAUCAUUGCAGGAGGACGUCAGACAGCGAUGUUCAGACCUCAGCUUUCCUGCACAUUCAGAAGGAGAAGUGGACAGCUUGCUGGAAGAGAAGUCCAUAUCUCAAAUAGCUUUGCCUGCAAUACGAACAAAUGUCACAUCGACGCCAAACGAUCUUUCAGAAUCGGACAGCGACUCCGACAAAUACACAUCAACUACUUCUGUUGUGUUGGGCUCAGCCAGGUCCUCCAGUUCUAAGACUGUUGAUUCCGAUUUACCAGGAGGUUAUGUAUUAGAGGUGUCCUCUAACGAGAGACCAGACUCUGUUGGUAAGAGUCAUUUGAUGGUGGGGGGUAUGGACAAUGGCAUGACUCUUGGUGGUGGUGGUGAUGAGGAUGAGGAUGAGGAUGACUUGGAGAAGCAGCAGCUUGCCAUGCAGGAGCGGUAUGAGAUGCUGCAGAGACAGUUCAACGAGUGGCAGCAGCAGCUGCUGGACAACCAAAGACUCCUGGCCAGCAAGCAGAUCGUGCCGGAGAAGAGUCAGAGUCUGAUGAUGCAGCAGAUGCAGAUGCAGCAGCAGCUCAUGAUGCAGCUUCAGCAGAGCAUGCAGGCUCUCAAUCUGCAGAAACAGCAAGGCAAAUCGGCCUCCUCCGUGAAAAACGAUAUUCCUACAGUGACAGCUUCAGAAAUGGACAGGCCACUUGCAGCAUCAUCAAAGGAAAGUCGGUUUGAGAGUGUGCCUGAGGUUGAGAAAAAGAUAAAUGUUGUUGAAUCUGCUUCUUCUGUCAGGACAGAUGCAGGAUCAGUUCCUCCAGCACCUCCUGCAGCCCCGACUCUUCCCAAACAAGGACAGUUUGGCUUGAAGGCGGUGAAGAAGGAACGGCCCAAACCUGAUCCCAAGAGAUUCGAGAGGCAGCUUGAUCCAAGGGAAGAACUCAUGAUUGCAGUCCGAACAUUUGGAGGCCUGAGUGGUUUAAAAAUGGUGCCUGUACAGAAGACCAACUGGCAUGUGAAUGCUGCUGAUGCCAAAACUGGACUGUGAUCUGGAACACUGCUGUAAUGAACUGGUGCAACUGUAUGACCACAUCUCACCACUUGGUAUCACUCGUGUCACUAUUUCAGACAGUGUUACUACUUCAGAACAUGUGAUACUAUUUCAGUUUCACUAUUGUAGUCUAACAUCAAAUUUCAUUAUCGCUAUUUCAGACAAUGUGACACUAUUUCAGUUACUGUAUCAUGAAUAAUGUGACACUAAAAUUCAGACAGUAUGACAUUAAAUUUGUAUAGUGUGAUGCUAAAAUUCAGAUAGUGUGAUGCUAUUUCAGACUAUCUGUGACCGGUCCAGAGGUAACCUGCUUUAGAGAAGAUGCUGCAGUGUUUCUCUUUGUGAUAUUUCACUGGACCGACUCUUAACAUGGUGCUCUUUUCUCCAUUCAAGUCGAGUGAUGAACUGAGUGACUAUCAACAGUGACUAUCAAGUUCAGUGCAUAGAGCCUGAUAUUCAUAGGAUGCAUGGUGAUACAUUGAUAGGAACUGAGUGACUAUCAACAGUUGAAGUUUGAUGUAUGGAACCUGGUAUUCACUGUGUGUGUGGUUGUAUAUUGAUAUGGACUGAGUUACUAUCAACACUUGAAGUUUGAGGCAUGGGACCUGGUAUUCACACACACAAUGUGUGGUGAUACAUUGAUAUGAACUGAGUGACUAUCAACAGUUGAAGUUUGAGGCAUGGGACCUGGUAUUCACUGUGUGUGUGGUUGUAUAUUGAUAUGGACUGAGUGACUAUCAACAGUUGAAAUUCGAAGCAUGGAGCCUAGUAUUAAUUUUCAAAGACGGAUCUCGGAUGUCAGCUCUAGUUCAUGUUCAACAAUAUUUGCAAUAAUAUCCAGUUUGAUCAAAGUCAUAUCAGACUGAGCCUGCUUUACAUUCCUAAAAUCAACUAUGGUGUUAGAGCUAAAACAUUAAAUCCUUGAAUAUAUACCUUUGGUUUCUAUGAUUAUUGUGUAAGACAUGUUUUGAGAAUGUUUAAAGAGGCUUUCUCUUCAUAGAAUGUACUGGUAUGCUAAUUUCGUAAUAACUAUUAUCUACAGGUUGGGUAAUAUUACAAGAAUAUGGCCUUCUAUUCUGAGUGCUUGUUUUAGAGCUCAAGAGGUAUUUUUUCCUUCUGAGUUUAGACCUCUGUGUUUAUAGCAAAUCUGGUUAAUAUGGCCUGAACUGAAGACCUGGUGUACACAAGCAUUGGGCUGUAUUCAAGGAUUUACAACACUGUGAUCAUUCCAGUCGUAUAUCAGAUGUAACCAUAUCAGAUGCAUUAUAACUGGAGUGGUUUGGUUACGUUACUGUACUACAUGUAUAGGAUGCAUCUCUGUAGCCUUGAUAUACAUUGUAUUAUUCUACCUUAGGCCAUAAUAAAAUAAACUACAGAUUUUCAUCCCUGGCUGCCCUGAGAAUAUGGACUCACCUCCAUUUUUGUUCAAGUCCAACAUUUGUUCUAGUUUGACCUUUAAAUAUAUAGUACUGUGAAACCCCUCGGGUACCCCUCUAAACGGGACACCCUUAGGACCAAGUAAAAUGUUUGUUUAAAGAGGUAUCUGGUUUAGAGAGGUUAAAUUAUGUACUGAUUAUUAAAAAGGGACUCUGAAAAAUGUCCAGUUUUAAAGAAAGUCUAGUAUACAGAGUGUACAAUUUGACUAUAUAUGAUCUUCCAUGUCCAAUAUCCUGAAAUAUAAAAAUAAAAUUUCACACCCACCCUGAUUUAAGAUUAUUAUUAUUUAAAUCUAGCGUUUAAUUUAUUAUGGCCUCAAUGACGUAAUCUGGAUGUAACUGGAAAAUAAUUGGCAAGGUGUUCAUUAUCAUUAUCAUUCAAAAUUGGAGACAUUUGAGAAAACUAGGCAGCUAUAUUUACUGGAUACAGUGAGGUGUAGAUAUAGCUGUAAGCUUGAAAAGUAGGUAGUGCCAGUGAAAAUCCCUGCAUGUUAUUUAACUAAUGAACACAUUGAUGGCCAUUAAAUGUCAAUUAGAAUAUGAGAUGCAAACUGAGAUUUGGUUAAUAAUGUACACUGAUGUGAAACAAUGGUCAUGAAAUAUGUACACAUCAUACAAGAUUUGGUCAGUAAAUCUAUAGUUUUAGGGUCCGAGGAUAAACUAGUGCAGUAACAAAUGACAGAGCACCUGGUAAAAACCCUUAUUUAUGGUGCACUUGAUGUUCACAAAACUUGUUUCUAGAAAUAAUUCUCUGGUAGAAUUGAGUUUGUACAUACAUGUAUUAUCUUUUUACAGUUAAUUCUCUGGUAGAAUUGAGUUUGUACAUACAUGUAUUAUCUUUUUACAGUUAAUUCUCUGGUAGAAUUGAGUUUGUACAUACAUGUAUUAUCUUUUUACAGUUAUUUUGCAGGGCUUCUAGAAAUAUUAGUUUUUAAUCCACUAGUCAAGGGAUCAGUGAUUUUUAAGAUUUAUUAGCCACAAUUAAAAAUUCACUAGCCCUACUUCAAGUAAACACAGUUUUAUUAAUAGUAAUUCAAUAUGUUGCCUAAAGAGGGAGACAGAGCUUAAAAACCCUUAGAUUUGGGAGGGGGUGGAACAGGACAUUCAUAUUUACAAAAUAGUCUUUAAAGACAGAACUUGACAACUUUUUUUCACUAGCCAUUGAGCAUGAAAUUGGUUGUUAUUUUUAGCCCAACAUUGAAUAUCACUAGCCAUUGGGAGUGGGGCUACCAUAAUCUAGAAGCCCUGUUUUGUUACUUCUUCACAUUAACUGGAACCCUGCUAUUCAUGCUAUGAUUGAAACUUACAUUAACAUUGUCCAUUUACAUUUUUCUUUGUUCUUCCAUGAUGGAUUUCACAGCCAGUCUGUAGUGAUCAUAAUUUACAAACUUACAUCCAAUCAAAUCAUGUAUCUUGUGCAUAGCAUACAUCCAUCCAAUCAAAUCAUGUGUCUUGUCUACAUGUAUAUUUAGUCCAAUCAUUUAUCUUGUAUCUACAUCCAAUCAAAAAUGAACAUCCAGAUCAAAAGUUGAUGAAUUUAUAACAGAAUUGGAUACUGCUGAUGAGUAAACAUUCCAACAUAAUUAAACAUCCUAGGCCUAAUUUACGAAGCAUGUUUUUCUUAAAUGUGAAAAUAAAAAACAGGCUUUGUAAAUUCGGCCCCCUGUUUCCAAUGCCUUAAUCAGAUAUAAUGUUCAUAUUGGAGAUUAUUAAAUCGUGAUUUAAAUUUUACAAACGACUUGGUAGUCUUACAAAUAACUGUUGACAUUUCGAAUUAUUUUUUGACAAGCGUUGCACAUAAAUGUUAUAUACAAAUAUAUUGUUUUGUAUUUUUUAACCACUACUAUGGAAUGAAUGAAACUAUGGACACAAGAAUAGUUAGAAUAUAAUUAUUUUAUUCUGAGAUUCAUUUUCUGUAAUUAGUGGAACACCUUGUAUUUAUAAAUGACAGUGUUUGUGAGACAAUGAGAAACCUUGAUUUGUCACAGGUUGAACACAUUUUCCUGUUUACCAUAACUGAUAACAUUUAGAAUAACAGAAAAAAAGUCAACAUUUGGCAGUUUGUAAGCUAUUCAUGGAAUCGUUCACAAUUGUCUUCCCCAUUCCUGAAUAGACAUAAGAUGCUUGUAGUGAACUGUGAUAGACCUGUCACAGUCACAUGGAAUUUAUCCUGAUUUUUUUGGAAUUCUGAUGUUUCACAUCAUUGAAAACUGUCUGUCAGUGUUCUUUGAUGAACAGCUCAUAGGUGUAGUAGUGUUGGUAUAAAGUGCUCCUACUGGCUCUAGCUAAUGAGAUGUUCCCUAUUAGCUCAGCUGGUAGAGCUCUGGACUGUCAUACUUAGUCUGUGGUUGGAAUUCCUACAGUGGAGGUUGAUUUUUAUCUGUUACAUAGGAAUCCCCUGGGUUUUUUUUUAAUAUUCCAUAUUUUGUGGUUAAUAAAUUACACUGUUUAAAAUAAAGAGGUGGGGAUGGGAGGGGGACAAAUAAGUGCACGAUUUCAUAUUUCCGACAUACUGUGUAUUUCACACUCUUCACACACAAUUCUCUCCCUUUCAUCUGAGUUCCUUCAGUCAUUAAAGUCUAAAAUGCAGGGGCAGAUACAGAAAUAUUUUUUUAUGGGGGUGGGGCACUAAUGAGAAAAGGGCAUCUAGAUGGAAAAAAUAUUAAAAAGGAGGCACUUUAAAAACAAAUGGGUGGAGGUCACCUGGUCAUCCCUUAGAUUUGCCUCUGUUGCAAAAUCAAAUUUUUAAAUAAUUAUGAACUGAUCUUUCAAAUUAUUUUGUAUAGCAAUACUUCAAAAUUAACUUUACUAGUUUUGGGAUGUUUUUUUGGUUAUUUAUAUAAAACAAUAUUUUUUAAAAAUGUUUUUUUUAUAGGUAUUUUGGAUGAGUUUUUCUGCAUAAUGGCGGGUGUUUGAUAUUUUUAAAUGUAGUUGAUAAUUAUCAACUAUGAUUCAGUAUGAGGAGUGGAUUGUAUUGAUGGUCAUCUAUAUAUAUACACACACACACAGUAGAAUCUCGUUGGGUCAAAUACACUGCAGUGCUCGAACCAAAAACGAAGUCCAAAGUUACACUUACACUUUGUUGACCAAAUGGUUAGGUCGAACUAUUUGAUGUGUCGAACACAUUCUUGAGCACCAAUGGGGUUUGAACCAACAGCAUUCAACUGUAGAUAUAGAGUGAGUGACCAAAUACAAACAAACUGCUAGUGUUAAAGGCAUGGUGAAUAAACUGCUAGUGUUGAAGACAUGGUGAAUAGACACAAGUUAGGCAAUGUGCAAUAACUGGACAACUAGACUACCCACCUACGUUACUGUAACAUGCACCUUGUGAUGAUAGCUAGGCGUACGAUGUUCAUAUGCAAUAUUUAUUAAAACAAUAUACUCAUUGAGCAAGUUAUACUAACGCUUGUUCAUUUCACAUAUUUAUCAUAUAGAUUUCCAUUAUAUUGUGUGUAUAUUUUGCCAGUAGUUAAACAACAGAGGUAUUUUUACAUUGUUAUAUAUACAUAUACAUACAUAUAUUGUUUCAGUAAAUACGCAUUUAUGUUAGAACUUUGUAUUCUUUGAUAAAUAAUAUAUUGUUAGUAUUCAACUCACCUGUAAAAGGUGAAAUAUUGUAUGAGGUCUAUUUAUGCCUUGCAAUGGAGAAGUCAUUUGUAUAUUUAGCAUAUGCAGUGGAGCUAGUUACAGGCGAAUGUGCUAUAGAGGGCACUGUGUAAAGCAACUAUGUGUAUGUCCUUUGUCCACUGUAUAUUUACUAUACAUGUAUUUAUCUGUAUAUAAAGGUCACAUGUUAAAUGGCCAUCUUUUGUAGGCCCUCUGUAUGCAUGGUCUUGAUAGAGGUUCAGCAGUUUAUAGAUUUUUUUCUUCUUUGUAAACUAGGACAUACAUAUAUGUAUAUACCGAACAGCUCGGACAUAAGAAUUUGGUACCUUCAGCAAUUUUGAAAGGUUUUUGCCAAAGGCAAAAUGUUUCAGCAAUUUUGAGCCUGCUUAUGGCAAUUUUUAGCCUGCCUAUGGCAAAUUUGAGACUGCCUAUGGCAAUUUUCAGCCUGCUUAUGGCAAUUUUAAACCAGUAGCUUUUGUAACAAAUAAAAAAACCUAAAGUGUCCAUCAAUUGACGGUAAUAUUUUUUUAUCUACAAAAGAACUCUCAUCAGUAAAGAUUCUGACCUACGGCAAUUCAUAUCAGACACAGCAAUUUUUGUCAGUGAUGAGUCCUGCGUGUAUAUACGACCUACAUAUGUACAAGUAGAAUAAUACCAUCAUUCCUCGCAUGGUGAUAGAUAUCUGUGAUUCUAUACGAGUAUGCCAGCUGAGGUGCACAUGCAUGCAUUGAUUUUCAUUACAAAAUGGUUGUCCUGGUUUUUCAGUUAACAAAUAGUAUGUCCCUCAGGUGUGUUUGUAUUUGAUAAAACUCAGUGGUACAUGCCAUGCUGUUUGAUGGAAUGUUUCAAAAUACAGACUUAGUCCAUAUGCAGAUACCGGUAUUACAGUGUUACAUGAUACAAGACCAUGCGGAUCAUUGGUUUUAACUAGUAGAUGAAGACCAAUGUGACAAAAUCAAGACUAUAUGUAGCUUGACAAAAUCAAGACUGACUUGUGAAAAUCAAGAUUAGUUUGACAAAAUCAAGACUAGCUUGACAAAAUCGAGAUUAGUUUGCAAAAAUGAAGACUGACUUGGCAAAAUCAAGAUUAGUCAAGUUGGCGAUUACGUAACUUUGUUUUUUGUUAUACUGAACUAUUUCUAUUUGAAGUAAAUUGUCAAGUAUUCUUUUAUUCAAGACAUGUUUUUGUAACUUGAUAUAAUACCUGUAUUUUGAUAUUCUACUGUAAUCAGUGCGUACUGUUGAAACGCGGUUGUUGCCACGGUAACUGGACCUGGCAUGUAGUCCGUACAUGUAUUCUACAUGUCUUUCAUAUCAUUCAAUAUGUUUGUAUAUUGCCGCAUAAUGGGAACGUUUUCAUACCAGUUUUUUAAUAAACAAUGGUAGGACCAUCACAUGGUUGUACUGUACAUAACCAAUGAUAAAUCUUCGUUUUGUGGAGAAAUGUAAACACCUUGCCUGCCAACAUAAGUAAGUGAUGAGCUUUUCUUUAGGGUUUUUAAUAAACAUUUCAACAAAAUGGGUUUUGAACCAAGUGUUUGACAGUACACGGUCUUAACUACUGGUUACGGUGCUUCAAUUUUUGUAGAAGUCAUGUCAGAUAGCCGAGUGGUUAGGACAUUGGACAGGACAUUGGACUGUCGAAUGCCAUGGGAAUCGGUGCGGUAGGUUCAGAGCCUGCCAGUGGACAUUUUGUAAUUUUAAAUAUUAAUAAUAUUAGGUUAUUGUAUCACAAUAUCCUCAUAGCUCCUGGAACCCCUGCUGCCACCUCCCUUCCCUCCACCUCCCUUCCCUCCACCUCCCUUCCCUCCACCUCCCUUCCCUCCACCUACCUCCCCUCCACAUUUCUGGUCCUGCUACACAAUACCUGCUGGAGCAAUCUUGUUUGGUUACAAGGACACUUCCAACAGCAUGAAAUGUUUUUAUCUUAAAUCUGUGAAAAAUACUCCUCCCCUAUCGACCCCCCCUCCCCCGCCAAAAAAAAUAAAUAAUACUAAUUUAUAAAAAAAAUCCCAUAAGAUUUGAAAUACUGAUUAUAACACCGCUAUAUGUGGUUUAGUCCAAUUUUAAUUUAUAUUCAUUAAGCUAUAUAUGCAUUCUUGAAUUGACAUACAAUUUCAGAGCUAAUGGUCUUUUAAUGCUAAGCCAGUAAUUUAAUAAUAAAGACAACAGCCAUAUCAAAUAAUUGUUUAUGAUUAGAGAAUUAUGCCCCUGAACCAACUCAUAAAUGAAUUUGUUUUAACUGCUCAAUAGUUCUUGUGUUGGCAGGUAUAGUAUAUGUCAUUAAUUCAUAUAGUCAAAUCUUGUAAAAUAGUUAUAGGAAGUCUUAACAUUUAAUCAAGUCUAAAAGUUAAAUAUGUUGUUUUCUAUUAUUGUUCAUAAAAUAACUAUAUUUGUGUACAUUUGUAAUGAAAUUUAUGCAUACAUAUGCAAGUUGGUUUUUGGUGCCAAAACCAAAAUAAAUGAAAAUGUUUUCA